AUGGAUAACAUCGACGGCCCGUCGGCAUGGCUUCCGACGAAGUUCACCUCCACUUUCAGCCAGGUGUUACCCUUCCGAAGCGCCGUUGCUCGCUCCAUAAGCCGACCCAGCAGCCACUUCUGUGACGUGGAAGCUGAUCAAUUCGUAGCCGACGGAGGUGAUCAGGAGCAGUCCGUCAUCGUCGAUUUAGAGAAUCCGGCGCAUAUUGCCGAAGACAAACGGGUCGCAGUGACGGUUGCUGGAGCGAAGCAAACGAAUGCUGCUACCAGAAAAACCUCGUCGUCAAGGCUCUCAGUUAUACUGCUCGACCAAGACUUGUUCACAGUCUACAAGCGCCUCUUCGUCGUCUCUUUGACGAUCAAUCUCCUCAUGUUAAUACUGACGGCCACCGGAAACUUCCCUUAUGCGAGAAACCGCGCCGCCCUCUUCUCAGUCGCCAACAUCCUCGCCCUAACGCUACGCCGAAGCGAAGCAUUCUUGAGAAUCGUUUUCUGGCUGACGGUGAAGUUGUUGGGGAGGCCGUGGGUUCCCCUGAGCCUGAAAACCGCGACCACUUCCCUUCUGCAAUCCCUCGGAGGUAUACACAGCAGUUGCGGCGUCGCUUCUAUCGCCUGGCUCGUCUAUGCUCUUGUUCUUUCUCUCAAAGAUCGAAGCAACACAUCUUCGGCUACCCUUGGAGUGGCCUUCACCAUACUUGUUCUCUUGUUUCUCUCUGCCUUGGCUGCCUUCCCCUUAGUUCGCCACCUCCACCAUAAUGUGUUCGAAGGAAUCCACCGGUUCGCCGGCUGGACUGCCCUCGCUCUCGUCUGGGCCUUCGUCUUUCUUACUGUCUCCUACCAGCCAUCUUCCAAUUCGUACUCUUUUAAUUCUUCCAAGCUGAUCAAGACCCAGGAGUUCUGGUUCACCCUCGCCAUAACCGUGCUUAUCAUCCUUCCAUGGCUCACUGUGAAACGAGUGGCGGUGAGGGUCCACGCACCGACGAACCAUGCAAGCAUCGUCAAGUUCUCCGGCGGCAUGAAGGCCGGAAUCCUUGGCCGGAUAGCUCGGUCGCCGCUCUCCGAUUGGCAUGCCUUCGGAAUCAUAUCCGACGGGAAGAAGGAGCACAUGAUGCUGGCUGGUGCGGUUGGGGACUUCACCAGGGGCCUGGUCUCGAACCCACCGAGCCAACUCUGGGUUCGUGGGGUGCACUUCGCCGGCCUGCCCUACCUUGUGAACAUGUACAACAGGGUGCUACUAGUGGCCACAGGGUCGGGUCUCUGCGUGUUUCUCUCCUUCCUUCUUCAGCGGAGCCAGGCUGAUGUUUACCUGGUGUGGGUAGCCAAAGGGAUGGAGCAGAACUUUGGAGAGGAGAUCAUGUCCAUGGUGAAUUCAUACCCUAAGGAGAAGAUGAUCAUCCACGACACUGCGGUUCUCGGUCGGCCGAACAUCGGCGAGUUGGUGCUGAAAGCUGCCGAGAAAUGGAGCCCGGAGGUUGUGAUCGUGACAAGCAACCCAGAAGGCAGCAGGGACGUGGUAAACGCAUGCAAGAAUGCAGGAGUUCCGGCGUUUGGUCCAAUUUGGGACUCUUAA